AUGACUUCACACACGCUCCAUAGCAGUCCCGCUUCCACCUUGAAGCUGGCAGCGCCGCCUCCAGCUGCAGUCCCGCUUCAAGCCCGCAUCAGGAUACAUCCAAGUUCAAGGACCGCCUCGACGCUCCGAGCGCUACUGGACGAAAAGGGCCACGAAUUGCCCUCUGACCUGUUCGAAGAGCUAUGGCACGCGAUGGAAGAGUAUGACCGCGCAGAGCCUGGCAGCAAGAAGCUGGACAAGAGCUCUGCUCUAGCAUCAGGGUUGAAGGCAGGGCAGGUGGCGAGUUCUGAAUACGUGGUACCUGAGGAAUCCAUACCUGCUGCUGCUCUCAUUUCUAUUGCUCGGUGGGCCAAGAAACGUGCGAUGCUCUCGGGUGAGGUGCUCAGUGUGGAGCAUCCAUUGCGACUGCACGUACUCCUGAAAGGCGCAAACUUGGCAUUGCCGCAGAAAAGGCCCUUCGUUCGAGUGAGUGCUGGAUGAAUGAGCGCUCUGAUUAAGCAACAUUGUCUGCUUGGUGCUCCUGCUUCCUUUCUGUACCCUCGAAUUUGUGUGCGCAGCGCAUACGCUGCGAAAGUUGACUCCGCAAACAACUUUCAUCUCCUACUUCCCUUUGUUCUAGUCGCCCGAACUAGAAGCAACGCUGGCGCGCAUCAAACAAGCUGCGGAAGAGGCAGAGUACGCACGCAUGAUCAGCGGUUCAAGCUCCGCCAACGAGGCUACUGGACGAACAUUCAGGACAGCAUUCAACGUCACGGGCGCACCGAAGCUGAGCAGAGCAGAAGAAGCGAUGGAGUGGCAAGAAGUCAAAAGAGGUUUGAGCGCUGUUGUGAAUGUCGUCGCUAGCGCUGCGGCUGUCGCUCUCGCUGCUUGGGAAGCUCUCGGCAACGGAAGCGUCUUCGCGGUGAGUUCCAAGAACAGCGCUUCGUGUGCCUCCGCACAAACUUGUGCUGUCGCUCAAACGAGCGUGCAAUUCCACCACAGAAAACGAUGACAUCGCUCUUGCUGGCUAUCAUCGUGGCAGUGGCAGAGACGGUGCUCUACGCUCGGCACUUUGAAAACAUCAAGCAAAAGCGCGCAGCAGAAACGUUGAAUCGUGCUUUACCUUCACAGUCUGCCAGGAGGGAUGCGGACAGGACUGGACGGGGAGUCGAUAGGCGGAUGCUGGCGACUUUGGAGACGCAAAACCGCGCAAGCAGCUCGAAAGCUGAAAGGUAA